UCUAGAUUGUAGAUGAUACAAACACACGUCAGAUAUGAAAUGCAGCGAUAUGGAGUCUGACUGAACAUCUAUGUAUGACUAAUAUUAAACUUGAUGAUAUUGUGUUUUAGGAAGCUCUAAACCUUGCCAUUAAAAAUGAAUACUUGGAGCAUGCAUUGAUACUGGACAGCUUUUUUAGGAAAGCCUCAUGUGUCCCAUCCAUAACUAGGUUCAUCAACAGUCUGUAUGAUUCUGACCCAAUGAAGACAUACUACCAUGUCUUUCUAGGACAAAUUCCAGGAGUUGUUUCAAAAUGUGGGGACAUGAGCUGGAGAGAGUGGGGCCCCCAUCUGGCCAUCAUCUUGGCCAAUUCCAUCUGCCCUCAACUCCAGAACGUGAUGGUCAACAUGCUGGCUGAUACUCUUGCAAGGAAUGGGCACACGUGGUCUGCUCAUUUCUGUUAUAUGGCCAUGCGCAUAGAGCCUAGUUACUAUCAUCGGGACUCUAAGCUGACACUGAUUGGAAGAAACAUUCAGGAAUCAAUGUUCAAGAUGAGCUUACUGUCUGGAUCUUGUGCUAUAGCCCAUGAAGAUCCUCUACAGCUGUAGACUGCUCUGGGCAGGACACGUCACU